AUGCCUCGCUCUGUGCCGCAAAUCAGCUCUGCCUCGCGUAAUGAACAGGACGAUGGCGACCCCGAACCAGCACCCCUAACCUCCCGCACCGCACCCCCGUCCCCGACAGCCUACCGCCGAGCCCAAAGCUACCUCUCCGAGCCACAUACAGGCUACCAGUCCCUCGAGUCGCAUUUUGAAAGCAGUGAAACGACCAGUCUCCUCGGCUCUGAGACUCAACGCCGCGCGCCGCGGCGAUCCUACACCAGUAUUUCCGGCGUUUCAGGCGCCGAAUCGCUGCGGUACCUCCUGGCGCAGGGCAGCUUGCGCCGGUCCCGACACCACAGCCGGAAUAACUCCCAGCGGAAACAAUUCAGUCGCCGAGGGAGCUCAGGGGAUGAGGGUCGGCCGGAGAGUUUACCCCCGUCGGCGAAGGACGGGCUGACUGCUUCGUCAUUCCUCGACGAGCGCACAUGGUACGAUCAGUUUACCUCGACAGACUGGGUGCAUGACAGCAUCGCCGAUGGAGCCCGCCUGCGCCAGCUCCGGCAGCGCAAGGAUCUCCGUGGCCGGCUGCUCGCCUGGUUUGACGGUGCACAGGGGUGGGUUCUGGUCGCUGUGAUUGGGUGCAUUACUGCGGUCAUUGCAUACGUCGUGGAUGUGACGGAGGACUGGGUGUUUGACAUGAAGAUGGGCUACUGUGCACAUUCGCUGCUUGCUAGCAAGAGCAAGUGUUGCGGGGAGGGGUUCACCUGUACCAACUGGCGGUCGUGGUCCCAGAUCUUUCGUCCCUCCAGUACCGAAAAUCAGUGGGUCAAUUUCGCCAUGUUUGUCAUCUGGGUUGUGGCCCUUGCUAUGAUCUCUUGUGCUUUGACGUUGCUCACGAAGACGGUUGUACCGUCGUCAAUCUCGUUGACGACCUUGGAUGAGAACCUCGGUGCUGAAUAUCGCGGGACAAAGCGUGGCACUGGAACUGCUGAAUCGGGCUCGCCGGGCUCGCAGACCAGCCCGCAUGGGACAUUCCCCAUGAUUCCUCCCCGCCCGGCCAUGGUCUACUACUCCGCGGCCGGCAGCGGCGUUGCCGAAGUCAAGGUGAUCAACAGUGGUUUUGUGCUUCACGGGUACCUGGGUUUGAAGACCUUGGUGGUCAAGACAAUCGCUUUGAUCUUCAGCGUUGCAUCUGGUCUCAGUCUAGGCAAAGAAGGCCCUUAUGUUCACAUUGCCACUUGUGUCGGCAACAUCUGUUGCCGAAUGUUUGCCAAAUACAACCAGAACGAUGGCAAGCGACGAGAAGUUUUGAGUGCCAGCGCUGCCAGCGGCGUCGCCGUUGCUUUCGGUGCCCCAAUUGGCGGUGUUCUUUUCAGCUUGGAAGAAGUGAGUUACUACUUCCCACCCAAGACUCUGUUCCGGACGUUCUUCUGCUGUAUUGCAGCUGCACUGUCCCUGAAAUUCCUCAAUCCGUACGGAACAGGCAAGAUUGUUCUAUUCCAGGUCCGUUAUAUGACGGACUGGGAGAUUUUUGAAAUUAUCAUUUUCGUCUUCCUCGGUGUGCUGGGUGGCGCCCUCGGCGCCUUCUUCAUCAAAGCGUCAAGUCUGUGGGCGCGCUCUUUCCGCCGGAUCCCAGCCAUUAAGCGCUGGCCAAUGCUGGAAGUGUUUCUUGUCGCCCUGCUCACGGGCCUGGUCAGCUUCUGGAAUCCAUUUACGAAACUGCCCGUCACCGAACUGCUCUUUGAGCUUGCACGUCCGUGUGAAGGGGAGUCGAGCACGGGGCUUUGUCCUCGCGAAGACGGCAUCGUUGAGAUCAUUCAAUACCUUCUUGUCGCGUUCGUGAUUAAGAGUCUUUUGACGGUUGUCACCUUUGGUAUCAAGGUGCCCGCCGGAAUUUAUGUGCCAUCCAUGGUUGUCGGUGGUCUGAUGGGCCGGAUCGUCGGGCACUCAGUGCAAUACUGGGUGGCAAAGAAUCCUACUUUCUUCCUAUUUGACACAUGUCCCAACGUCGCGGGGAUGGAAUCCUGCAUCACGCCGGGCGUUUACGCAAUGGUCGCGGCUGGCGCCACCAUGUGCGGUGUUACGCGGUUAUCAGUCACUCUCGCCGUGAUCCUAUUUGAGUUAACGGGUAGCUUGGACCACGUCCUACCAUUCUCACUGGCCGUUCUCUGUGCCAAAUGGACUGCGGAUGCCAUUGAGCCACGCAGUAUCUAUGACUUCCUUACCGAUAUGAACGCCUACCCUUUCCUUGAUAACAAACUGCAACCAGUUUCCGACGCCGAGCUCGGCGACAUCGUCCGCCCCCCACGCAAAAACCGCAUUAUCGAUAUCUCUAGCUCCUCCUUCGUGGCUGCAUCCGAGCUGCGCGUCAAACUUGAGCACCUGCUGAUGGCGGGUGAACUGGACGGCGGUCUGCCGAUCCUGCGCAAUGGCAUCCUCACAGGCCUCAUUCCAGCACCAGAUCUAGAAUUUGCGCUUGAUUCCCUCGGUGAUGAUGAGGAUAAUACUCUCUGCCAGAUGGCUGUGGAUGCAUCGGUUGUCUAUGAUAGCGAGAAUGAAGACGCGGUGCAGGAGGACUUCACGCGGUAUAUUGAUCCGGCACCUAUCUCCCUAGACAUUCAUUCCCCGAUCGACCUUGUCUACCAAUGCUUUGCUAAAUUGGGACUGCGGUACCUCUGCGUCCUGCAGAAUGGCCACUACGCGGGGCUGGUACAUAAGAAAGCAUUUGUGAAGUUCAUGAAAGAGAACGAGAAGGAAUAG